ACUCUGACGGAGAAACUGACUGCAACUGCAGAAGAGGCAACCUUCCCAAACGGUAGGAUCACUCCGGUGGGUGCCGGACAAGUUGGUAUGGUGUGUGCCGUAAGCAUUCUGGGAAACUCUCUAGCUGAUGAACUUGCCCUCGUGGAUGUUUUGGAAGAUAAACUCAAGGGAGAAAUGAUGGGUCUGCAACAUGGGAGCUUGUGUCUUCAGACAGCUAAAACUGUGGCGGGUGAAGACUACUCUAGGACCGCCGACUCUAGCGUUGGGGUGGUAACUGCAGGGGCCCCCCAGCAGGAGGGAGAGAGCCGGCUCAGUCUGGUGCAGAGGAAUGUCAGUGUCUUCCAAUUCACCGUCCCUCGGAUAGUCCAGUAUGGUCCUGGUGGUCCUGUGACUGUGGUUUUCAACCCAGCGGGAGGUCUCACAUAUGUGAUUUGGAAACUAAGGGGACUACACAAGCACUGUGUGAUUGUAAGUGGGUAUAAUCUGGAUUCUGUUAGAUUUCGCUAUCUUACGGCUGAAACACUUGGCACUCAUCCCAGCAGCUGCCAUGGAUGGACUUUGGGAGAACAUGGCGACUCAAAAGCGGAUGUGUGGAGUGGAGUGAAUGCAGCAGGCAUUUGUGCCCAGGAACUGAAUCCAGAAAUGGGAACAGAUGGUGGCGGUGGAAACUGGAAGGGAGUGCAUACGAGGGUGGUUCAAAGUGCCUAUGAAGUCAUCACACUCAAAGGACAUACCAACUGGACUAGUGGAUUAAAUAUGGCUGAACUCACUGAAUACAUUGAAAAUCUAGCCAGGAUUCAUCCGGUGACAAUGGUGCAGGGAAUGCAUGGCACUGAGAACAAAGUAUUCCUGAGCUUUCCAUGUAUCCUGAAUGCUCGGGGAUUAACCAGGGCGAUCAGCCAGAAGCUGAAGGAUGAUGAGGCUGCUCAGCUCAAGAAAAGUAAAAGUGUAGAUACCUUGCGGGACAUCCACAAAGACCUAAAGGCCUGUGACUUCCGGCUUCUAGAGCUUUCAACACCACAGUGUGAUUAA